GCUCUGCUGGACGCGGCAUUAGCUGUAAAUCCUCGGCUCUGACCCAGGCCACACAUUCCAGGUUGGUGAGCGAAUCCAUUUUCUGGCCCGCCACCGCUGUCCCCACUAGUACUGAGAGUCUGACCCGCCCUCCAGGAUCCUAUACGCAAGAAGCACCUUGGAAGUCAGGACUGGACAGGCAGGAGCCAGGAGCGUGGCUGCAAUGACUUCAGGAAUCCUGGUGGACAUCCAAGAUGAAGUGACCUGCCCAAUCUGCCUGGAGCUCCUGACAGAACCCCUGAGCAUAGACUGUGGCCACAGCUUCUGCCAAGACUGCAUCAUAGGGAGUAGCCAGGAGCUGGGCUUCUGCCAAGAAGAGGAGAGCAGCUGUCCCGUGUGCCAGACCAGCUACUGGCCUGGGAACCUGCGGCCCAAUCGGCACCUGGCCAACAUAGCGGAGAGGCUCAGAGAGGUGGUGCUGGGCUCGGGGAAGCAACUGCAGGUGACUCUAUGUGUACACCAUGGAGAGAAACUCCAGCUCUUCUGUAAGGAGGAUGGGAAGCUCAUUUGCUGGCUUUGCGAGCGGUCCCAGGAGCACUGUGGUCACCACACAUUCCUCGUGGAGGAGGUUGCCCAGGAGUACCAGGAGAAGUUCCAGGCGUCUCUGAAGAAGCUGAGGCAAGAGCAGCAGGAAGCUGAGAAAUUAACAGCUGUUAUCAGAGAGAAGAGGGGAUCCUGGGAGAAUCAGCUGGACCCUGAGAGACGCAGGAUCCAGAAGCAGUUUGAUCAGUUGAGAAGUGUCCUGGACAGAGAAGAGCAGCGGCAGCUGAAGAAGCUGGAGGAGGAAAAGAAGAAGGGUCUGAGCAUCAUAGCAAAAGCUGAGGCUGAGCUGGUCCAGCAGAGCCAGUCCCUGAGAGAGCUCAUCUCAGACCUGGAGCGCCGGUGUCAGGGGUCAACAACGGAGCUGUUGCAGGAUGUGAGUGAUGUCACCAAAAGGAGUGAGUUCUGGACCCUGAAGAAGCCAGAAGCUCUCCCUACCAAGCUGAAGAGUGUGUUUCGAGCCCCAGAUCUGAAAAAGAUGCUGCGAGUGUUUAGAGAGCUGACAGAUGUCCAAAGCUACUGGGUGGACGUGACUCUGAAUCCACACACGGCCAACUUAAAUCUCGUCCUGUCCAAGAACCGGAGGCAGGUGAGAUUUGUGGGUGCUCAGGUGUCCGGGUCUCACCUGGAAGAGCAUCAUGCCUGUGGUGUCCUGGGCUCUCAGCACUUCUCCUCAGGGAAGCAUUACUGGGAGGUCGAUGUGACCAAGAAGACCGACUGGAUCCUGGGUGUGUGCGGUGAUUCUGCAGGACCUGCAUUCUCUUUCAGCCAGUUUGCCCACAGUCGGAAUGUGUACUCCCGAUACCAACCUCAGAGUGGAUACUGGGUGAUCGGGUUACAUCAUAAACACGAAUACCGAGCCUACGAGGACUCGUCCACUUCCCUGCUCCUCUCCAUGACAGUGCGUCCCCGCCGUGUUGGGGUCUUCUUAGACUAUGAGGCUGGCACGGUCUCCUUUUAUAACGUCACCAACCAUGGCUUCCCCAUCUACACCUUCUCUAAAUAUUACUUUCCUACCACGCUUUGUCCAUAUUUUAAUCCCUGCAACUGUGUAGUCCCGAUGACCCUGCGUCGCCCAAGUCCUUGAACUUUCUGCUGUUCGCACCCGCAUCCGAGCAGUACCCUGUACUCUGGGGCUCACCUGCAUUUGUCUUUCCUUUUUUACCUUCAAUUUCCUUGUGUUAUCACUCCUUUCCCUUUGAACAUUUACUCAAUGCUGGAGUUGAGUAACCCAACAGUGAUAGUGAACAUCCUUGACUGAUUAAUUACAGAUUGUGAGAUGGGUGAGGGGACACUUUCAACAAUUUACCAUUAAGCAUGGUGUUUGAUGGAGAUUUUUCUUUGCUGAGGCAUGGAAUCAAAUUUAGGAAGUUCUCUCCUAUUAAUUUGAUGUCAAUUUUUGUACUGAAUGGAAAAUUGAAGUUCAAUAGACGUUGUCUCUAAUUAUUGAGAUAAUCAGAUGUCAUCUUUAUUCUAUUAUUGGAGUACAUUGAUUUGUUUCAGUUUCUAAAUCCAAUACAGAUUUCUGAAAUAAACCACUACUGUUUAUGUGCAAUACUGGAUUCGUUUGUGCUAAUACAUUGUUUGGGUUUUAUUUUCAUCUCCAUUUAUGAAAGAAAUUGACCUGUAAUUUUACACUCUUGUAACAUCGUUGUCAGGUUUUGUAAAGUGCAAUACAUGAGAAAAAAAUUGCUGUAUUUUUGUACAAGUAUGUAGAGAAUUGAGUGCUAUAAACCAUUAUAGUGUUAAUUUUCAUAGCUUUAAAUUUGAAUUAGUGAGAUUCUAACUUCCCUUUUCUAACUACAAUCUUCAUGGAUCUUAAAAACCUAAGGUAGUAAGUGGAAAAAAAAAUGUUUUUUUAAUCUUCCAAAUACCUUGAAGUGAAAACAGAAAAGAGGAAAAUGAUCAAUUCGAUACAGAUUUUUUUUCUCCCAGAAUGGGAGGAAAAUGUAAAGAGAAAAUGGUUAAUAUAAAGCACUUUUAGGAAGAGAAUGAUUUCUUUUAACUCUUGUACCUCCUUUUUUUUUUUUUUUUUGUACCUCCUUUUCUUCGUACUCAAACAUGAACAGCUCGUUAAUGAGCUGCUUUGACUUUGGUAGAGAGGUGCUACAUGCUUUUUGAGCCAACUAUAAAAGAAAUGAGGUGGAUGUGAAGGUGGAAAUGAAAGUCAAGGAGUUGACUAGAGCUGGCUGUCCAUCAUGGUAGCCAGGAGCCGUCAGUGGCUGUUGAGCACCUCAGACGUGCCCAGUCAGAAUUGGGAUGCACUGUACGUAUAAAAUGCACACUGGAUUUUGAAAACUUAGUUCAAAAAAUAAAGUAAAAUACCUUGAUAAUAACUUUUAUAUUGUUGAUUGCAGCGAUAAUACCUUGGAUA